GGCACUGACUGGCAUCACUGCUGGGCACUGACUGGCGGCACUGACUGGCACAACCCCUGGGCACUGACUGGUGGCACUGACUGGCGGCACUGCUGGGCUGCACUGGUGGGUGGCACUGGUGGGCAGCACUGGUGGGUGGGCACAGGUGGGUGGCACUGGUGGGCACAGGUGGGUGGGCACAGAUGGGUGGCACUGCUGGGCACAGGUAGGUGGCACUGCUGGGCACAGGUGGGCGGAACUUGCGGGUGGCACUGCUGGGCACCGAUCAUCAGGGCACUGAUCAUCAGUGCCCUGAUGAUCGGUGCCGAUCCCCACUCUGACAACUGCCGGUUCUCGGCAGUACUUUCCUCACGAUCUGACAGCGUGAGGAAAGUGCAGCCGACAACCGGCACUUGC